GCCACCGCUCUGCAAGUGAGUGAUGGUCCAAGAAAACGAAGAGGAAAAGGACAGUUAUCUCCUGAACAAUUUACCGUUAUGUUAAAGAGAACUUGGGAAAAGUUAGGAUCAGACGCUCGGCUGGUGUAUCAAUCACACUAAAUGGACACGGGUGUCCACGCGCAAAUAUAACCAGACCAUUUGAGAGCUGUAACCUACUGAAGCUGGAACGUAACCUACGGAAGCUGGAACGAAAUAUACUAGAGUGGGAUGAAACCACGAGCAUUUUGAGGUGACAGUGAGUGGUCUCUCCUGGUUGGCACCAGGACCUUCGCGAGGACAUCAUCAUCCGGAAUGAAAACUGAUACAAUGGCAUGAGAGUCGCCCCAUGGAAGGCUUAAUACUUGGCACGAGCUCAGUGGGGAUGUCCAAGUGCACCUUGCCCCAUUCAGGAUGCUGCGCGCUCAUCCUUGGAAUAAUGAUUUUGGUUCCUAUGGCGACGGCAGACACGCAUUCUGUGGAAGACUGGCCUGCAUUGGCUUCCGUAUCGCCAAACCAGCCUCCUCUGGCAGCACCAAACCAUUCACCACCACCAUCACCUGCAGCCUUACCAGCAUCAACCAUCAAAGCCUCUUCCCAGCCGGGUGUCCCAACACCUGCGCUCGCCACCCCCAGACUGCCGUCUCCGCCGCCCCUGUCUCCAGCCGCAGCUGAUGAAACCCAUAGCAAUAAGCCAAUUCCCCCUGCUGACGCCUCCUCGCCCUCGCCCUCUGCUAGGCCGAAGUCUAUGGUGGUGGAACAAGCCCUUGAGGGAUCAGCCCCUGCGCGCCGGGCCCGCGACCUACACCAGCCAUCAGUGCCUGUCUCCCAAAUAGUGCCGACUCCAACUUUACUCCACUCCUCACAAAUGUGGUCUCCCUCUCCAUCGUCGCCCUCUUUUGGUUCUGCUGUAACAUCAGACGCUCACGUUAACAUCCACGUGAUGCCUCCCGGGCUUCCUCCAGUGGAAAACCAGGCAGCUCCGAAUACCACCACCACCACCUCCACCCCCACGUCCUCUGUCCUGGCAGACGCACAGGAUCCAGAGGUAGUGCCUGCUUCCAUGACGACUGCCAAACUACCCGUAGAGAUCUCCAAUGCUGUUGUGCAUGACCACCAGUUGUCUCCGAGCUUCACCCUGAACGUGCAGAACGACGGACCGGCGGAGGAGCACCUGAGGUCAGUGGCGCUGGGGGAGCGGACGGGGGUGAUGACCCCCUCGGUGGAGCCCACCAUGGAGCCAGUGGAGGACUUCUACCCGACCAACACCAUGGAGGGGUACUGGGGGUCCGGAGACUACCUGGAGACCAUGUCCUACAUGGGCCCGGAAGGGGACGACUACGGGGGGCUGGUCACCAAGGUACCCACGGACAUGUACGACUUUGAGGAUCCCUACAGCGAGGUUUACGACACGUCCUUCCCGACUCGCGCUGUCCUAGUGCCCUCCAGCACGCUCCAGACGGGGUACCCCUCGCAGGCCACGAGAGUGCAUUCUGAAGUACACGUGACCAGGUCGCCCUUUUUAACCAGACCGGUACAACCCUCAUUCCCCAUGACCAGCAUUCCCAGUCUUACAACCCAAGGCCUGUAUGACGUCCAUGUGAGCAGCUCUGGGAGUCCGAGACCCACCAGUGUGCUUCCUGCGUUUCCUGGUGCUUCUGUGUUGCACAGCAUGCCUUUGCCCAGUGGUGCUACCCACACUGCCUCAAUCUACAACUGGAGCACUAGUGCACUGCCAACCUUCCCCCCUGGCUUUGCUGAGCCCUAUACCAAUGCAUCCAGCAACGUCAAUAUGACAGGCUCUCCUCCACGGAUCAGGCCGUCGGUGGUCGUCUCUCCCCUGGUGACCCCAACGAGAUCGCCCACGCGUCCCCAAGACAGCGGGCCAGAAUGGUCAGAUGAAGUGACCAUUGCACCCACAGACCUCCUGCUUCCGGACAUGAACAGCCUGGAGUUUUUCACCAUCCAGCAGCAGGGCAAAGACCCUAGCAGGCCCAGCCACACCGCCUUCAGCCCCUCGUUGGAAACCGACAUCCCCCCGACGCACAUCCUACCCACUGCGGUUUUCACCGUGGACCCCAAUCACCUGCUGACGGCUUCGUUUGGGGAGGACCUGCUCCCCGCCAUCAACACCUCCUGGCCGGACGAAUCCUCGGCGGACACGUCUGGAUAUGAGCCGCCGAGCUUCCCGACGCUGCGGCCUGACCAGACGGCGUCGCCCAAUGGCACGUCUCUGGAACCCUCGCUGAUGCUGACGCCCUCCAUGGAGCCCUCCAUGCCCACCUCGGUGUGGGGGUCGGGCGGCGGAUCUGGUUGGAUGACCACGCCGUCAAUCGUGACAACCCCUGAAGUCCCCCACGAAACAUCGCUGCAUACGUCCAUCCUCCCGCCCCCAACGACUAAGCUCAGUCCGUGGGACAUCAGCCCAACAGUGUCGGAGAGCGUGCCCAAUGGCACCUCUUCAUUUCCUCCCGGAAUAAGCCCAUCUGCCACUGUUGGUCCCACUCCUGACUCGCCUUCCACAGGAUUCAAUGGCACCAGCGUCCCCUUUGCCCCAACGCAACCUGCUGGGAAUGGCACUGCUAUCCCCUCAUUCCCAACGCAACCUGCUGGGAAUGGCACUGCUAUCCCCUCAUUCCCAACGCAACCUGCUGGGAAUGGCAAUGCUAUCCCCUCAUUCCCAACGCAACCUGCUGGGAAUGGCACUGCUAUCCCCUCAUUCCCAACGCAGCCUGCUGGAAAUGACAGUACCAUCUCCUCUGCCCCAACACAUCCUGUUGGAAAUGGCACCACUAUUCCCCAGCCCGUAGGCCCUUUUACACCCAACGCCACAUCUAUUCCCUCACUCACUGAUAUGGCGGACGAGGCAGCUACCAGCCCUGGUCCCACCACAGUUAAGCCUCCACCGACCACUACCGUCCGACAGUACCUGUGCAACAUCACCAAACCUGAGAACUACCUGAUCAAAGCUGGUUUUCCCUCAGGGUCCACAGCGGGAUAUGCCAAAGCUAAGGUCCGGGAGAUCCUCAAACCGGAGUUCAACCAGUCGCUAGAGCUGCAGGUGGUGAAGGCCCCUCCAGACUUUGUGUUCCGGGUGGUGUCGGGCACGGUGGUGUACACGGCCAUCUCGGUGGUCAACGCCCUGCGCCAGUCACCCAGGGCCCCGCGCAGCUUCCUCUACGUCUCCCGAGUCAGCACCGCGCCCAACCCACAGUACCACGUGCACACAGUGCUGCAAUUUGUGCCCAGUCACAUGGAUGUGCGUGUGUGUUCGUUCAGCGAGCGUAUCGAGAAGGGUCUGACGGCAGCCUAUGCGGAGGUGCGGCGCCGAUCACGUGAAUCCACCAACUUCACCGUGCAGAUCGUAAACAUCACGGUGAGCGGCCCGCCCAAGCUGACCCGUCUGCAGCAGCAGGCUCCGGUGGACGUGGUGUUUGCGGUGCGCGACGCCCAGGGCUACCUGCGGGGGGCAGACCUGAGCGCUCACCUGCGCGCCCUCAGCACGGUGGAGUUCAGCUACUACCUGGGCCUGCCCGUCCUUCAGAUCGCCGAGCCCGUCCACUACCCAGAGCUCAACAUGACCCUCCUACUGCGCUCCUCCUGGGUCAAAACAGUGCUGCUGGGCGUGGUGGAGCCGCGGGUGAGUGACCGGACGUUCCAGGCCAAGAUGGAGCGUCGCCUGGCCCAGCUGCUGGGGGAGGCCAUGGGGCUCAGGAGGGUCAGGAGAGCCACCAGUGUAGCCAACAACAGCAUACAGAUGGUGAGGACGACGCGUCUGCCUGGUGCUGACAGUCCUUUGGAGAUGGUGUACUUCGUGGAGGGAGCCAAUGGGGAGAGGCUUUCGGCUGUUACCACGGCAACCACUCUCAACCGUCUGGACGUGCAGCGAGCCGCCAUCGUGUUGGGAUACCGCGUGCAGGGCAUCCUGGCCCAGCGUGAGUCUCUCUCACACACAUUGAAUGUGUAUCGUGCAUUUGAGAAGGUGGCUGGUUUCCCGAGCGAGCCGGACUCGGAGCCCAUCAGCACGUGGGUGGUGGUGGGGGUGGUGGUGCCGGUGCUGCUGGCCGUGCUCAUCGCCUCCAUCCUCUACUGGAAGUUCUGCCGCACCGACAAGCUGGAGUUCCAGCCCGACGCCAUGGUGGCCGGCCCACAGAGGCAGAAGCUGCAGGCCCCCAGUGUGAAGGGUUUUGACUUCGCCAAGCUGCACCUGGGCCAGCCCAGCAAGGACGACCUGAGGGUGAUCCAGGAGCCCGGAGCCGCCACGGGCACCGCGGGCACCGCUGUCACCAAGGAUACCAGCACCUCAGAGAGCGGCGACUUCCAAACAGCCAAGAAUGCCUCCUCCCGUACCGCACGCAAGAAAGGACGGAUCUCUCCAUCGGAUGGGGACUCUGUGACGAGCGAUCGGUCCAGUGAGAAGGGCUCUCCUCUGGGCCGCCUCAGGGGCACCACGGCCCCCCACGACCCCAAACAGUCCCGCAAGAUGGUCGCCAACGGACUCAGUGGUCCUCCUCCAGUGCCUGGUUCCGGAGGGCCUGAUGACCAGCUCUCCUCAUCGGCCUCCAUCUUUGAGCAUGUGGACCGCAUGUCGCGGGCGGCCGAGGGCGUGCCCAAGCGCUUCUCCAACAAGAUCCAGCUGAUUGCCAUGCAGCCCAUGCCAGCGCUGCCCGCCCACAGCCAGGGCAUGGUGGAGCGGGCCCCGGGACCCGACAGCAAGCUUAACAAGGAUAUCCAGGUAGCACUGAGGCACAAGUCUGAGAUCGAGCACCACCGCAACAAGAUCCGGCUACGGGCCAAGAGGAAGGGCCACUACGACUUCCCCGCCAUGGACGAGCUGGCGGCGGAUGGCACAGGCACCGGCGGGGGAGAUGCCAAGGAGCAGGACCGCAUCUACCAGAAGGCCCAGCAGCAGAUCGACAAGAUCCUCGACCCCGACACACACCUGCCCUCGCCCUUCACAGAGCCCAAGAAGAGUGGUAGGGGAAGGCGUUCUCCCAAGUCGAGGAAGAUGAACGGGGGGGUAUAUGAGCACGACCGGGACCAGCUCAUCACCGCGGAGACAGAUGGAACCUACCGGAAAUACCCCGGAGUCAGCAACUUUGCCUACGUGUCUGACCCCGAGCAGGCUGAGCCUGGCCGCGGCCCCUCCCCUCCGUCCCCUGACGACGUCUUCCUGUCGCCGGGCUCCCCUCCCCCGUCGCACGUGCCCCCUCCCCCUCCCUACCUGCCGCCGCAGCCCAGCAUCGAGGAGGCGCGCCAGCAGAUGCACUCGCUCCUGGACGACGCCUUCGCACUGGUCUCGCCCACCGCCCAGGGUUCCGCGCCCAGCCUCGCCACGGCGGGCAUCACGUUGCCCGGGGUGGGCAUGGGCAUGGGCAUGGGGAUGGGGAACGGCCACGCGCACCCUCCAUCAUCCAGCCCGCCAUCCAGGGGACCCCCGCGGCCCCCCUGGGGGGUGCCCCCAUCCUCCGCUGCCUCCACCUCCCUGGCCUCCUCCUCCCCGUAUGCCCCGCCAGGACCCUUCUCUGGGCGGUAUGGUGACAUUGGACUGCCCCCUCCCUCUGCACAGAGCAUUCUUCAAAGACAAGGCUUGGGUUCAGGGUUUUUGCCCCCAACCAGUGAAGGCGUGAGUGGGGAGCAGCCUGCAGUGGACAGCUUCACCAGCAGAGGGGGCUAUGGUGACGAGCUGUCCUCAUCAGCACGACCCAGACCAGUUGGAGGCACGCCAGGCGGUCACCUCCAUCACCUGGGCAUGCCCAGCCGUCUGGGAGUGCUGCCCCCCAGUGGCGGGCGUCUGGGUGCCCCACAGGCAGCUGGUUACGGCUGGAGCACCUACGAGGAUGAGUUCUCCAAACCUGGCAACCUGCGCGAACCUGCGCACCGUGGCGCAGGACUGAGGGAACCCACCGCCCCGCCUGUCCACCUGGACACCCCCGGCCUGGGCUACCCCUCCAGCACCAGCGCCCUGCAGGGCGAGGGCCACGGCCUGCCCCCGCCCACGCACUCCUCUGCCUCCCUCAUCAAGGCCAUCCGGGAGGAACUCAUGCGCCUGUCCCAGAAACAGGCCUCCCUGCCCAGCUUCCAUAGCUGAGACUGGGAUCUCUAACCCUCCACUACCCCCAGGGACCCCUCCCCAGCCCCCUGCCAACAGACAUCCAAGCCCCUCCAGGCAGAGGCCCAGGGCUGCCCCCACUGCUUCCCAUGGAAGCUGCCCUGCUCCUGGGGGACCGGGAGGGGCCGGGGCCGGGGCCGGGGCGGGACAGACUAAAGGGGCGGGGUCUGGUCUCGGAGCAGGCCAGGACAGGAAGGGGAAUAUCUGCACUGUAUUAGAAGAAGAGACUGAACAAAGACGGGAGAAAAGCAAGAGUCAAAGAACAAGCGUAGCUUUGGACCUGGAUUAGUAGCACUGUGCAUGGAUGUGUGUGUGUGUGGUUGUGUGUGUGUGUGGGUGUGUGUGAGUGAAGGACCUAUUGAGAAAAAGGGACCACAUUUGGUUUUUCAUAAGUAUUGGGUGGGAGGUUUGGACAAUGGGUAUUUUAGCCAAAAUCUGGUUACCACAGAUUGUUGUGAGUUUCUGUUUUUUUAUUAUUAUUUAAUCGUUCCACAUUUUACUUUGGGGUGCUGUGUUUGCUUGUUUGUUUGUUUUUUUUGCUUCUCCCAUUCUAAACAACAGCUGAGGCUAGGUGUCCAUGUUAUUCAUUUGUUAUUAGCUAGACCCUUUACAUCUGGUGGCCUUCUGACCUCCAAGGCACCGUUUAUGCAUACCCGGGUAUUUUGAUUUAAAAAAAAAAACAUAUUUCUUCCCUACGUUUAUCAAAAUAUGUUUGUUCACACCAUCGGCAAAUCUGCCUGUGCGUGGUAAAGAGAAUACCAUUCCAGUCUUCGUUUACCUCUGUUUAUAUACCAAAAAAAUCUCAACUUUUGCCGGAGCUUUUAGGGAGAUUCGUUUUCAGAGGAAAAAACUCCGUUUGUGUGUAAACAAAAGGCGCAAACAAAGGGAGACGUCUUAAAACACUUCAUAUUCUUACCCGGGGAUGUGUAAACGGCGCCUGAGUUCAUGCCGAUAUCUGAUUAACUGCCAUUGCAGUACUGGGGUGCGUUUCUCGAAAGCGUAGUUGUUAGCAGUUAGCAACUUGGAUAGUUGCCAAUGGAAAUUGCAUCGAAAACAACAAAGUAGCUAACAUAGUUAGCAACUUUGGUUUCGAGAACUCCACCCCAACUUGCGGUGCUGCGCGUGUUCCUCAACACCUUGCAUUCAUGCUGAGGCUAAGGGGGAAUGGCUUUUGAUAUGACUUGUAUUACAUUUUCCACACACUGUUUCACGUUAUCUUAAUCUCCUGGAUGUCCUGUGUGCUGCCAUUUCUCUGGUGCUACGUAAACUGCCUAUGAUGACCCAUCCAUUUUAUAUGAUCCAAAGCUAAAUGCUAAACCUUAUACCUUAUUAGGAAGAAGAAUGGGCAGAUCUCUGUUUGGCUGUGCAAUAGACUGAAUUUGUGCGGAUUAUUCUGGCCAAUAUCAUUUCAAUUAACAACCAUGUUAUAUUAACAUAGCUAGAUUUGCUCACAGCGUCGGCACUGCACAUUGGACUAGUGAGAGUAUUUCAUGGGAAGUUGCAGUGCCACCUAUGGCAGUAAUCUAGACCUUGAAAUCAGACAGUGUUCCCUAAAUGGCUUUUCCACUUGGAGUUAUUAUGACAUAGCAGGCUUCCGCGGCCUGAGGAUUGACAGCUGGUCCUGAUGCAAAAGGCCUAAAGAAUGCAGUGUUAAUUCAACCUUGCUCUGGGAUGUAUGAUUCCAGUCAACGUAGUGUUAAUUCAGCACUUUGAGUGACUGUAACCUUUUCAGAGUGUACAUGGAUUUGCAGUGGUGAUUCGGCACUCAAAGAGUUGAAUAUGAGCCAAAAAUGGAAUGGGGCCAUAUAUUCUGCAGAACUGGCUCAGCUCUACUGGCAUGAAAGCUAUCCAGACAAGGGCUGGACUGAGGGAGAAAUAGGGCCCAGGCACAUUUGGCUGAAAUGGGCCCUCACAAUUAAUGGCGCAGAACUGACUCACAGGUGGGCCCUGCACCCUUGUGGCCUCCUAUUUCCAGAAAUGUAAGGAGCCCACAGACCUGUUUCAGGCGCAAACUUUGGUUCCUCUUUUCAACCUGAAAACCGGCCUGACUAUAAAGUUGAGAGCCUUUAAACAUGCAAUUACCCAUUUUGGACUGUUUCAAUAAUAGCGAGAACAAAAGCAGCAAGUCCACAGUUCUUCAAGUCAGACUCGAAGGUCAUGUAGAGUAGCAAGUGAAAUACCAAAGGUGUGAGGAAAGGUGUCUGGCCGGCACUGAAGGGCCAUCACUGGCUUGAGACAAGAGCAAAACUAAACAAUGCAGUAUAAUUAAGACUGCACUCUGCAGCAGUUCAUUAACCACUGUGAGGUAAACAGCAUACGGUAUGUAGUAUACAGUAUAUGUUAGAAACCAUAUUGCUGUUUGCAGAGCCAGUGUGGAUGUGCAGUAUUUUUGUUGGCAGUUUUCCACACCCUCCUCUGCAGCAGAAGAGGCACUGUGGACAUUACCCAUGCAGAUCAUUCAUCUCACUCACUAGCUGUGUUGAUGUAUCAGUAGCUGUUACCAGUAAACACUUGCUGUUCGUUAUUCCUUAAGCAGUAUCUUGCAGUUAUAAAUUGCAGUUAUGAAACUACUACAGGGUCGGUAGGCAUUCAAAGCACUUGCUUUAAAUUAGCAAUGGUCAGGAAUGAAAAGUUAGUAAAGGCACUGAAUGAAAUAAAACAAAACAAAAAAUGGGACAAGCAUUUAGUGCCGCUUUCUUUUCUGAAGGGAGAGUAAUUAAUCUAUUGCUUGCCAGUUAGAGACCAUGGUACCUUUCUUUUUACCCUGGUGUUGCGUCUAACAAUUAAAGAACAAUUAGGGCAAUUGAAUGCUUCCACUCUAAUGCUUACUGAACAAAUGGGGCUACUGAAUGAGACUGACUGUUUUUUCCCUGAUUUAUUGAGAUCAAGGCAUGGAGGGGGACCCAAGCACCCGUACUGUGUCUGUCUGCCCCUGCUCAGUUGCAGAAUUGAACAGAGUUAACCCAACCGAACACUGACACUGCCAUCUUUCUGCUCAGAGCAUGCCGCUGGGCGUGGAAGAAUCCAUGCUUUGGUGUCCACCAGGUGUGCAUUUACUUGUUUGUUUUCCCUCAAAUGUGGUGUCUUUAAACCUUAAAAGGUUAGUUUAAAAAAUCUUUUCCCAAAAAUUCAGUGCUGUAGAAAAGGGGAAAAGAUGCUGAAGAACUGUAUUUAUUAUUUGCCCCACAAAUGUAAGGAUCUCCAUGGUGACAGGUGUAUUUUUUCCUUGACUACCUUUGCCUGUUUUCGAUAAGUAUUUGAUUUGUUUCUGAGUACGAGCGUUAUUAUCAGAAUAUUUUCCAUUUUGUAAGGUUGUAAGGUUUUUUGUUAAAUUAAUUUGUUCAUGUAUGUAACCACAAACGUAGGCAUUCUGCUGUUUCUUUAUUUAAAUAAACAAGAUCAAGGCUUGAA